AUGAAGGUCUCUGUGGCUGCCCUUGCCGUUCUCCUCAUCGCUGCCUUCUGCUCGCAGGCCUCAGCUGCUGGUCCACAGGCACUCAACACCCCAAGUGUCUGCUGCUAUAAAUACUCUCCCAACCCAAUUUCGCGGAGCCGCGUGGUGAAGUAUGAAUACACCAGCGGUGGCUGCUCCAAGCCGGCUGUGAUCUUCACCACCAUCAAAGGCAAAACAUUAUGCACCAAUCCAGAUGAGAAAUGGGUCCAGGAUAUUGUGACUCAGCUGAGAGCGAGGGAAGCCGUUUCAAUGGCACCCUUAGCCUAGGGGCUGACAUCACUUCCUGCCAAGCACCUUCCCAAACGGAUUUCCAGGAAGCACUUUACCUGCUCUCACUACAUUGGCAACACUUUGAGUCCUUAUGGGCUAUUUGACCCAAUUAACGUUGAACUGCAAAAGAUUCUAAUGGCUCUGAAUUGUAUUUAAGGGAAUUUUAAUGGCU